GAGGAAUAUUUUUACAAACUUAAUGAAGACAUGAAAAGGGAAUGUUUAGACUCUUGUAAUUGCACACCAGUCUUUCUCUUAACACAGCACUCUGUUUCCAUCCAAUUUAAUUUUACUUUUUAUCAUCUACAAUGCUAUCUUAUUUAUUUUAUAGUACAAUACAUUGAUUAUUGCUUUCAUUUUUUGGAUCAAUAGUCUCGUUAGAUAGUAGAAUUCAUGUUAAAUUGCUAGUUUUGGGUUGUUUUUAAAAGUCCAGAAAGGAUUAAUCCGUUUUGCAUUACUUGCUAUGGGAAAGCGCGCCUUGGUUUUGGAACGCUUUGGUUUUGGAACAGACUUCCAGAAUGGAUGAACUUUGAGAACCAAGGUACCAGUGUACAGUGGUACCUCGGUUUUUGAAGGCCAUCCGUUCAGGAAGACCGUUGGAGUUCCGAAACCUUGAAAACCAAAAACUCAGUACAGAAGCCUUAAAACGGAAAGCUCAAUGCAAAAGCUGCGUUUCCGGUUCGACUUCCAAGGCCCAUUCAAAAAACCGAAGCGUUUACUUCCAGGUUUAUGGCGUUUGAAAACCGAAAUGUUCGUCAACAGAGAUGUUCAACGUACCACCGUAUUAUUUAAUCACACUGCAAGAUCCCCACAUGUGUUGAAAUGUUCCUACUAUUGUUGUUUUCUCACACUUCCAGCAUUUAUCACUCUGUGAUUUAAACAUCUUUGCUGGCCUAUUUGGUGUUAAGUAACCGCCUGUGGAUCUUUAGACGGUUUUCGUUUAAAGUAUAGCCUGCCGUAAAUUUUGAGUUAUUUGUCCAAGUUGAUACUGUCCAUGGGCCUUUUUUCUUAACAUAUGGCUUUUCUCCGUAAGUGGGGCCUGAGCUGCCCCUAUCUCUUUCUUCCCCAGAAUAUCCAUCAGGGGAAACCUAAAUAACGAUUGCUGGCUGGGGAAGGAAGGAAGGGGAACAGGGCUCCAGGGACCUGAGUGUGAAUCCUCGCUUGAUGCAGUCCGGAGAGGAGGAGGCGGGUGCCCUCUUCAGAGAUUACAAACCCCCCUCUCUCGAUUCGAUCCGCCUGCCCCGCUACGCCUUGUACCUUCUGAUGGCUGUCAUCAUCGUGGUCGUGGUUGCUUACGCCAUUGUGGGUCACCUCAUCAACGACCUCGCGCACGACUUUGCGGAUUGGGCAUUUGGCCCCAAACUGGAAGAGAGGAAGAGGCUGGAAGAGGCCUCGGAUGGAUGUGAGGUUGCAGCUUUUCCCGACCAUCGCCUGGGUUGGCAAAAGGACGUCCCUUUCCUAGGGCUGGAGUGUGCGGAGGGCCGCACCCUGCACCCCCUACCUGGGAUGGAGACCGGCUCCACAUCGCCUUCAACAACUCUGGAAGCGUCUGGCUGAGUUGUUGCUUGGAUCAGCUGGAGAGAUCAGCUGGAUAUAUAUCACCCCUGGAUUUGGAUUUCCAGGCUCGCGA